AUGACAUUCAAUCCUGAGAGGUUCUUAACAACGGAGAGCUACCAGGCAGAGCAUGAUCCACAUAAUCUCGCUUUUGGUUUCGGCCGUAGAAUUUGUCCCGGUCGUGGCUUUGCUGACUCUACCAUAUUUCUUACCGUUGUCCGGUCGUUGCAGGCUUUCCGGAUUGCCAAAAUUUCUGAAGAUGGAAGAGAAAUCGAGCCCAUUGUGGAGUAUCUGCCUGGAGUAAUCAGUCAUCCUAAGCCUUUUGCAAUCUCUAUUACGCCGAGGAGUAAAGAGCAUGAGUCGUUUAUUCGUUCCAUUGAGAUAGAGCAUCCGUGGGAGAAGGGGGACCUCGUGUCCAUAUUAAGCGUCAAUGUAUUGGUAGUUGUGGCAAGCAAGCUCAGAGUUUUCACCAUAUUGACUUCAUUAUACAGAUUGCCGCUAAUCGGCAACUGCAAACCUCCAAAUCUCCUUCUUGGGAGAAUGGGGUUAAUUCGAUUUUCACUUCAUUAA